AUUAUUAAAAUUUAAAGAAAUUGUUUGUAAGUAGGGAUACAACACAUCGUACACGAAGUGUCCUUUAAAGGAAUUUACAAAUACGGUCGCAUCAUACAGGAGACACUCCCUAAAUUAUUAGUGAUAUUUGAACUAGACUAAAACGACCAAAACAUAACGAACAUAACCUACAAUAGUGAUCCAUUCAGAUUUUAUAUUUAAAGUUAAGUUUUUAUUUUAUCAGUAGAUGUAAAUCGUAAAUCAUUGAAAUAUAAUCGUUAGAGUGUAUAUUGGAAAAUGCAAGGACAAUUAUAAAGUAAAUUAUAUUAACUAAUCGAUGAUUUUUAACAAAAUAUAAUGUAUCCGUUUUACAACCGUUUCCAUUCUUAUCGUUAGAGAAGAAUUAGAUAUUAAUAAAAUAAUGAUUAUUUUCUAAAAAUGCAAUUAUUUUCGUGCUGGAGAAAAUAUGAACAAACCACCCAACAAGAGUCGUGAGUGGGAAAAAGACCGUAGGACUCGGAUUAAUGACGCAUUUACUAGUUUAAGUAAAUUGCUACCUUGCUAUGACCCAUCACGAACAUUAAGUAAAAUUAACAUUUUGAAACAGGCAGCAGCAUUUAUUGAGGAAUUACAAGAAAAAAUUAACAGUUUUAUUAACAAUAAUCAAGCAAAGGCAGCAGAGUAUCAAGAAAUAAAAAGACUGAAUGAAAGAAUUGAUAAGUUAUUAGCACGAAGUGAUCAGUUGUGUAAUUUUAUAAAGGAUGCAGGUAUUAAAGUACCAAAAGUGUAUGGAGCCAUUAUUGAAACAUCGUCUAAGCUGAGAUGGUCCAAUAAAAUAUCUCCAGAAUUAGCAAAAAAACUUGCUAAGAAGGAAUUUCAAGAAAAUAAACCAAACAAAGAAACGAAAAGUCCGAAAAAGAAACAGCUUAAACCUCGUUUGACUACAAAGCCACAGAAAAUUUCAAAAAAGUUUAGAAGAAAGUUAGAAAACAGGAGAUUAUUGAAUCACAAACAGAAUACUCCUAUUACAGUACCUCUUUUAAAUUGUUCUACAAAUAAAAAUGUUCCUAUGGGAACAUGUUACCUAGUGACAAAUCCUCCAGCUAUUAAUUUAACAAAUACAGACAGUUCAUCAAAAGAUGAUACUAGCAAAGCUAUUUCAAAACCAAAAAUAUUACCAAAAUCGGUCAGUGAUAAAGUAUUGAAUGUCCUUGGUCCAGGUACUUUAAUUUUGGCUAAUGGUACAGUUAUUCCUAUUCUUCCACAGUCCCAAAAAGUCAUUCAGCCUGCUACUGUUUUAACCAGCACAAAUCCUAUAAUAGUUACGCAGUGUCCCGUAACUACAACAGCAACUGCUACAGUUGUAGUGGUGAGCACCUCAAAACAGGAAACUACCAGCAAUACCUUGGUAAUUUCGACUGUGUCCAAAAUUAAUUCAGUUUCAAAUUGUAUUAGUAUCGGGGGCAAGGUGUUGCCUCAGAUCAGGCCCAAAAGAUGCAUAACAAAAACUACACAAAUUAAUAAAGUCCCAAUACCUGCCCUAACAUCUCACUAUUCCACUUUCAAUAUUGUAAAACAGGAAAUUCAGAAAAAAAGUGCCACUAUUUCAAGUAAACAUUCGCAGAAAAAAGGAGGCAAAGUUGUGUGCUUGAAAAAGGAAAAAACACAAGCAAAAGUAUCAAAAAGAAAAUGUUCACCAGCUGAAACAUUGCACAACACAAAAAAACGAAUUAAGAUUGUAGAAAAUAACGAAGAUAUUGUUAAGAAUAAAUCAUCCCAUGAAAAUACUUUGAAUAAUAAAAAAGAAAAUUCCGAAACCCUUGUUGAAAAUAGUAAAGAAAUUUCCAAUAUAGACAAUAGAAAUGAACAAAAUAACAUUUGUGAAGAGGCUAAUAUAGUAAAAUCAUGUAUAGUCAAAGUAAAUAAUGAUGAGCAGUCAAAUAUUGGUGCUGAUGAAAAACAAUCUUUAAAGAUUGCAUCAACACCAUGUGCUUCAAAAGAAAUAAUUGAUCAUAAUAACUUUGCACCUGAAGCAGUUGAAAAUGAGCCAAAAAUCAACUGUUCUGCUUCACAAGAAAAUGUUCAAGCUGAUAAUUCAAGAACAAUAGUAAAUAGGAUUAUAGAAAGCAAUAAACAAAAUAUCACAAAUGCCGAAAAAAAUGAAAACCUUAAAAACGUGACAGAACAAAAAUAUGAAAAUAAAUCUACUGAAAAUAUCAUAAAUUCCGAGAGUGUUCUUCCUUCAGUAAUAUCGAAUUUGAAAACUGCCGAUGAUAGUAAAGUGCAAGAAACACAGUCGGUUGGAGAAAAGAUAAUUGAAGAUCCAAAUAAAAAUAAUUUGACACUUGGAACGUCUCUAUAUCAUUCGGAGUUGUCAAACGACAUUUUUUCGUCUUUACAAGUUCCUCUAGGAAGUCAGAACCAAGAAUCAACCUCUCCUACAGCAGCCUUUCUUUUAGCAUUUCCUCUUGUGUCGACUCUAACUGGCGUUAAAGUAACAGAAGUAAUAGAUGAAGAAAACUCUGAUAGCCGUCAUGGAACACCAACACUUCUUCAAAUUGGUACAAUGGAUUCAACUAAAACUUCCCAAACAGUUCCUUCUGAAAGUCUAACGCCGAGUUUACUAAAUCUAGAUAAUUUCUCCUUUUUCUCCACCACUUGCACUGGCUUUUACUCCUCGUUCGAUAAUUUAACAUACACUAGUUGCCAAAAUACCAUAACAUAUUCUUCAUUUUCUACAGCUUCCACUGUUUGUUCUGUGGCUGGAAUUUCAACUACAAAUUCAAUUAAAGACAAUGUAGAGCAGGCAAAAAAUCCCCAAAUUGAAAAACAGAUUCAACAGACUGGUCAAACAUUAAAAGCAAAACCCACAUGUGCUGAUGAUUACAUUACAACAUUAAAAACUCACCCCUUAGAUAAAACGUCAAGUAAUAACAAUGGUGCUAUGUCUAUUAAUGCUAAUAAUCGAAUUCAAAACGUUAAUGCUUCUUAUCAGCCUACAACUGAGAAGAGCUUAAGCAAUAAAAUUGGUCCUACAUGUAUUUCAAGUAAUAAUUCAUUUAAUUCUUUAAAUAAUAAAAGUUUAGAUGAACGUAAUUCCAUUAAUUCGAAUGGAAUUAUUUCUAACACCAAUACAAAUAAUAGUAUUUCUGUGUGUACAGUUCAAACUCCACAUUUAAGUGUUUCAACUUCUUACAGCACUACAUACAAUACUUUUCCUUAUAACAAUGAUACCAAAUGUAAAAUCAAGAACGACACUGCAGCAAUUAAACAAACUUCUAAUCCAAUUUCACAGCCUUAUUCUCAGGAGAACUUUAACCAAAUACCUUAUACCAAUAAAGACUUACCUUUGUCUUCUAAACAACACGCCCCUUCUGUAACCACUACGGUAAACAGUAAUGUGAAUUGUAAUUUUUCUGAAAAGAAAUUUCUGGAGCAAAAACCUCAAAUCAACUAUAAUCCUAAUUCAGUAUCGUCAUCCAAUUGUAAUACAUUUAAUCCGUUUGCCGAUAAACAACCCACUGACUGUAAUGUAAAUUAUACAAGAACUUAUGGUAAUAUGUUGUACGGUAAUAAUAAUUCUAAUUACACCAACAGUUACCCAAUAGAAGGAAGCAGUUAUUAUCCUUCGAACAAAACAAGUACUAGCUCUUAUGGUCAACCUAAAAAUAGCUCGGAGCCCUACAAUCAACAUAAAACUAGUACUGACUCAUUCAGUAAUCAACAAAAAACAAACGCGGAUUCGUACAACCAGCACAAAACAAAUACAGAUAGUUAUGGCCAACUUAAUUAUAAUACCGAUUGUAAAGGUGCUGAAAUUUGUAAAAGAGACUCUUCUAAUGCUCAUGUACAGGGGACUAACACAAAUUACUUUCGCCAAAGUGGUGUGCCUCAUAAAGAAAAAAUUAACAUCAGCAAUUCGUCCAAUAAAGGUGCAAAAUCUCAGCCAAAUCAACCUCAACCAAAACCACCAAUAAACUGGAUGACGACCCCAGAUUUGAAGCAGGAAUCAACGUUUUCUUCAACAGCAUCUUUUGGAAAAGAUAUGGAUUAUACAACAAACAACUUCUAUUCAUCUACUUCGUUUCCUCGCAAUUCUCACGUUUCUUGCUUUAAUGCGAAUCCACCAACAUAUCAAGCACCUGAUUUCCAAAACAGUUCCGUUGAAACAAAAAAAUCUUCCGAUGGUACUUUUCCCAUUUUAUCUCACAACGCUACCCAGAGAAGCGAAUUCGACGAAAAUCAAUUUUCCUGGUCUCCCACAAAGCUUCCACAAUUUUUCGAAACGUCGCACACCUUUGUAUCGUCAACGUUACCUACUUUAGUGGGAGACCUAGCACUGGGAACCAUACAACCACCAACAGUACAUGAACAAAGUAAGUUACCCAUUGAAAAAGAUCUAAAUAAAAAUAAAGAAAGUGGAAGACGACCUAAACAACAAAAUUACGAUCAAUCGAACAAUCAUUCCAACUUUUUAUCAGUGAGUCAGUUGGUUGAGAAACAGACUGAUGGUGUUCCUUCUCGUAUCACAAAUCGUAGAAAUAGUGGGAGUAGAAAUAAUAAGAACAAUAUAUCCCAUAAAUCUACCAGACGUGUUCAGAAGCAAGCUGAAAACAAAGAAUGUGGAGACAGAGUUGGUCGCAGCUACACUCAAAAUAAGGUAGAAAUGCCUUUGGGAAGACGCGAAAACGUAAAAAUUUCAUCACAGCGUAAUCAAAGUUCCAAUUAUGUUCCUGAAAACCCGACCUGGUUCGAUUAUAAUAAAAACCAAAGACAGGAGUCUAAUAAAAAUUCACAGAGUAUAUAUUCGGCUGAGGCUCUUCUCGGUCAUCAGGUUCCUCAAAAUAAUGCCAUGUUUAGACAGCAGACUUCAAAUUUCCCAUCAAAUACAAAAUCGUUACCUAUACCCAACUUUUUGUCCGACAAUAUUAUGCCGUACUUUUCUUCAGUUGAUUUACAAGAUAACAAUUUUAUGCAACAAAAUCAGAACUUUCAAAGUACUGCUUUGGCGCAUAACUUUUCGAAUACUGUUCAAUCAUACACCUAUUUGUCUAAUAAUCAUAUUACAUCCACUUCUAAUAUUAGCUCAUCGUAUUUGCCAACAACGUCGUUUAUGUCUGAACUAAAUACCCAAGAUUACAGUGCCUCUGCUGCUCAAAACAAUAUACUUUCCCAAAGUUCUGUUAAAAUAUUUAGUGAUAAGAACUCGUCUAAGCAAAAUGCUGGAGUUCCUGCUCCUGGCGAAAGACCUGCAAUGCAAAAUAUAGGGAACAAUGAUUGUGCUGUGAGUUGUUCAUCAGUAAAUUAUGCGAAAAAAUCGUUAAAAAUGAAACAAAGCACAGAAAAUAGUUUGCCUGGUAUUGUUGACUUUAGUUUCCUAUCUAUGCCUGGAACAAUAAGUUCUCCUAUGCUUCCUGACGAUUUCCAUGUUCAUACUAAUUUCUUACCACCACCUCCUACACCAGGUCAAUUAUACCCUUGUAAAAAUCCUCCAUAUAGUAAACAAGGCACAGAGUUGUCUUCGACUUCCAUGAUAACUCUUCCUCCAUUAACAGCUUCUAGGAGUCAAGUCCAAAACAUCGAAACUCCCCCUAAUAUCAACAACAUUGGAACAUCCUUGACCAACUUUAAUUUAAGUACCAUAUUCCCCGAAAUAAACAAGGGAAAUUCAUUCCCUUCGUCUACGACUUGUCAACGUUCAACUAAAAGUAAAGAGUAUGCUUCACAAAAAAAUUGUUUCCAUCGAUCUGUUCAAACUCCGUUUCAAAAUAAACCGCCAAAUUAUGGAGUUCCAGUCCCUCACACAAAAGUUAAUAAUACGUAGAAGUAUUGUAUAAUUUAUUGAUUAAAAACUUAAAUAAUUUGUACAUAUAUUAGAUUAUAAAAAAGGCUCAAGUACCUGAUUAGUGUAAGUUGUGAUAUUAAAAA